AUGCAGCAGCGAGUCACGAAAAGUAAUAUUGUGGUUGCAAGCACCUUCGAGUUUAAAAUCUUUUGUUACUCUACCCAUUACCUUAGACUACGUGUCGGUAUGUCAGAACCAACAGAUACUACCGAGAAUAAACAGUCUCCAGUUGCAGAAGCUAUGAUAAUUGAUGAUAAAUCGUCGAUGGACGUUAAAGAGAAUACUGAGCAGUUAGACGAUGCACAGAAGGCUUUGGAGGAACUGGAAGCAAUCCCCAGUAUUAUGGAGAAGCUAUCAGAAGAUAAUACACGAUAUGAUUUGCACGUCCAGCUGAUUGGCCUUCUGAAGAAAGCAGGGUUUGACGAUCAACUUGAAGAAGCCCGAUUGGCCAUGCAUGACAUUUACCCACUAAGUGAAGAUUUAUGGCUCGAUUGGAUCAAUGAUACAAAAAAACAUGCAAAUACUGUUGAAGGGCAAGCCAAGUUACAAGACUUAUACAAUAAAGCAGAGCAAGACUACUUCUCAAUUAGAAUUUGGAAAGAUUAUGUCGAAUAUGGAUUGCAUAAAUUUCAUGAAAAUUUCGCUGGAGAAAUGACAAAUAAGGAUGAGAGUAUGAUGGACUUGAUCGAGGAAACCCGUGAAUAUCUUUUACGUGCUGUUCGUGCGACUUCGUCGCAUGUUCAACAAGGACAAGAGAUUUGGAAACCCUAUUCAGACUUCGAACUUGAAGUUUUGAAAAACUUCGAAAAUGCGGAUCAAAUUGAGCUUGUCAAUAAAAUGUAUUUAGAUCGAUUGGCUGUGUUACAUAUUCAAUACGCAGAUACAUUCAGUGCUUACUCAACCUUUAUAUCCAACUAUGCUAAUACAAACUACGAGAAGACUAUGGUAGAAGCCAAUAAAGUUUUUGCAAAAACGAAGAAGGCCGCCGAAGAAAGAGAUGUGUAUGAAAUGAAGCUGACAUCCGAACAAUAUAGUUUGGAUUCAUUCUAUCAAUAUAUCGAGUUUGAAAAGGGUGCCAAAAAUAUGUUCUCACUGAAUCAUGUGCGAUCACUCUAUGAAAGAGCUAUUUUGCUACAUUGCACUAAUCCUGAAUUAUGGAACAACUAUAUUCUAUUUUUAAUUGAACAAGCCAGAAUACCCUCGUUCUUGGAAUCGACUUGCCUUAGAGCUAUUCGUAACUGUCCUUGGUCUGGUAUCCUUUGGACUCAUCUAGCAAGGAUUCUCGAAUCGAAUGAUAAGCCAAAUGAACAUAUCGAAGAGGUAUUUGAUAGAGCCAUGGGAUCAAAAUUACUUUUAUCUAGCCUUGAAGAUCUGGUAACUGUAUUAUUGGCAAAGUGUGAUUACAAGAGAAGAAAAGUCGAUUGGGAAGACUUGGAUGAGGAUGUAGUGAUGGAUCUGCGUGUUACAUUUGAAGAAUGUUUAGAGUAUCUCAAUGAACUGUUCCCAGACACUGGAGACCCCUUUUAUAGAGUAGAGAAAUAUUAUGCUUACAUCUCAAAACGACUGGGUGAUAUUGAUAAAGCAAGAGAACUGUGGCAAGACAUAGUUGAUAGACAUGGUUUAGAUACAGAAGCUUGGCUUCAAUUCAUAAACUUCGAACGCGAGCAUGGCAACAAUUCUCGCUGCGAAACUUUGUUCAAGCAAGCUAUUCAGAAACGCCUCGAUAAUCCAAACCGAUUGAUGGAUGCGUGGUCCACUUUUGAACGCGAAGUUGGCACUUUGGAGUCGUAUGAGCAAUGCCUUUUGAAAAUCAAUCAUAAGACACAAUUAUUAACAAGACAAUGGCAAUCUCAAUAUGCACGAGAACAAAACAAAAAAGCACGUAUAAUGGAAGAAAAGAAGAUUCACGAAAAGAGAAAAAAGGGUCAGCAUCGUGCCGCUCAAAAGCAAAAGGCGAAAGAAAGAAAGAAAUUGGAGCAACAUGAAUUUAGAAAACCAAGUCAAAAUUCAAUGAUGAAGAAUGCAUCAGAGACCUUGAAAACAGCAGGACAAGAAGGCACUUCUAAUGAUGAAAUGGAUGAGAAUGUUGAAGAAAAAGAAUCGAGCGAACAGCUGGAGUUUAAGAAGCCAGAACUACCUUUCAGCAGAGCGGGUGGAUCAACGCCCAUGAAUACGUCGUCAACAUUGAAGCGUAAAUUAUCUGUCGAUGAAUCAACAGAGAAUGCAGAAUCCAAAAAGCACAAAUCACGAGAUAACGCUGCAGUCGGAAGUAGCAAUACAAUCAAGGAACACAUACCGGAGGGUUAUCCGAUAUCGCGGCGUGGCCGUGGUCGUGGAAGAUCUGUCAAACUCCCAGGCGGACGUAUGAAUAAGAUUCCAGCAGGUACUACUGCUACGGUUACAUCUUCUUCAACAACCAAUGAAACAAAUGUGACAGCAGACAGUUCAACAGCAGCACCAAAAACUAAUGAUGACUUCCGUGCCUUUCUUCUUGGCAGUAAGAAAAAGUGA